AUGUCGAAGGUUGAGACUCAUCAUCUUGGUGACACGGUCAUCCAGCUUCAAGCCCAUGGAGUCGUGCAAGCCCGACCCCAGGUGGUCGUCCAUCUUCGUGUCACCGAGUUCGACGACGUGUACAUCUCCCCGGAGGUGAUCUUCUAUCGCUUCUUUCUGGGCCGGUUCUCGCUGCCCCGAGCCGUGCCUGCGAUCGUCUCAUUCGUGGCAUCCAACCUCGAUGCCAAGAUUCGGCAACUUUGCGAGCGUCGCCUUCUCCGCUUUGCUUCACAACCCGCGGUAGAGAGGGAGGAUAUCCCCUUCGUGCACGAUUACUAUCUAGGCGAAGAAGGUGGAUUUGGCGGCGUGCCGGCAAGGAAAUCUUUCAUCGAGAGUCUGGGGUGGUCGCUGUAUGGUCGAGGAGAGGGUGUUCGGGAGGAGGAAUGCGUGAUAUGCCUGGAGGACUUCGAUGCCGGAGCAGAAGUGAGCAUGACGCCGUGCUCCCACUCCUUCCACCGCCGGUGCAUCACCCAGUGGCUGGAAAAGAGCCAUCUCUGCCCCAUCUGUAGAUACCGCAUGCCCGCCUCCCGCUCCCAUCGAUAG